AUGGCGGAAGUAUUACUAAAACACCAGCAGGACAUCGCGAAAGAAGGAGAAAUCAUAGAAAGAAAUUAUAAGAAGGAUGGCCCUUCGCGUAAAACUGACGAAUACUAUUCGAGGAAAAUCAACAGGCUUAACGAGCUUGUUUCGAUAUUUCACUCGAAUCAUCAACAGCUUCUCCUCUUAUUGGAUCCAGAAGAUCCAUACUUCGAAUUAUACAAGGAGGUGGAAGCCAAGUUCGCCUCAUUUAAAGACCUAAUGGAAAAAGAUCGGUAUCAGUUACCGACGAAAAUUCCAACUAGCCUUGGACCGGAAGGUCUUUCAACGGCAGUUACUCCGUCUGCCAAUGAAAAUCAGCGCUAUUACUUAAGUGAAGACUUACCGAAACUCCCAGCAAUCCAGAUACCACUCUUUACCGGUCUUAGUAAAGAAUGGAGCCAAUUCAUUGAAUUAUUCAAAUCAGUCAUUCACGAGAAUAGAACUCUAAAAAAUAGCCAAAAAUUACAAUACUUGCUGAGUUAUCUUCGAGGAGAAGCGAAAGAAGCCGUGGCACAUCUCCAGCUCACAAGUAGCAAUUACGAAGCUGCGCUUCUUAUUCUGGAAGAACGUUUCUCCAACCCUCGGCAGGUGGCUACCGAAUACCUAGAUUCAAUACUGGACAUUAAAAAGCUGGAUUAUAGAUCCACAAACGAUGUCAUAUCCAUGUACAAUACAAUCAGAAACUGCCUUGCCGGUCUACAAAAUUUGGGGUACGCGACUAGCCAUUGGGAUCCCAUCAUAAUUCGUAUUAUCAUGCGAAAAUUCGACACUGAAACACUCAGAUUAUUCGAAGAAAAUUUGGGCACCAACAAAGAUUUCCCAUCCGUCGAAAAUCUAUGCUCUUUUCUACUGAAGAGAUAUCAACUGUUAUCCACAAUAAAACAAAAGCCCACAAUUUUCGAAAACAAAAAUAAUUUUACUCAACCGCAACAAAAGAAAAAAUCGUUUCUCGUAUCUGCUAUCGCAAAACCCAAUUGCAUUCUCUGUAAGGGUAAACAUAGACUAUUUGCUUGCAAGAAAUUCAAGCAAUUCGAGGUCGAAAAACGAAUUGAUUUUGCAAACAGCAAAAAUUUAUGUCUAAACUGCUUGUCACAUGGAAACAGUUUACAAUGCAAAAGUAAAUUGCAUUGUUUCGAGUGCAAUGGCCCGAAUCAUACAUUGCUUCAUAAAAAUUCUCCAAUAAAUUCUAAUUUUGCAACUAAACAAAAAAAUUCGCAAAAAACAUAUACGGUCAUACUAGCCACUGCACUAAUCAAGGUGAACAAUAAGACCGGCGGUCAAGUUACCAUCCGAACGUUAAUUGACCCCGGUUCACAAAUUUCAUUUAUAACCCCAGCCGCAGCAAAUAAGCUGGGAUUGCAAAAAUACAAUGUAUUGGCAGAAAUCACAGGUGUUGGCGGCAUACAUGCUGCUACAAUAAGAAAAAAGAUUAAUGUGCACAUUUCGUCAACGUACGAAAAUAAGUUUAACUUAUCCACUGAUAUGCACAUAAUGCCGUCAUUGAACAUGAUACUGUCAGAAAAAUCCAUGAAGUUGGAAAGACCGACAUGGGUCAAUACUCUGCAACUUGCAGAUCCGAACUUUGAAAAUUCAAUGAAUAUCGAUGCAAUACUAGGGGCCGAUGUGUAUGAGCACAUCGUUGAGCCUGAAAUUAAAAAAGGAGAAGUUCUUCUUGCCCAAAAAACCAAGCUGGGCUGGGUUUUAUUGGGAAAAAUUCCAAUAAUAACAAAUAACUUGAUCAAGGCAUCAGCUAACAUAACAACUGCAGAAUUUCAACAAAAAAUGCAACGAUUCUUUGAUAUGAAUGAGAAAGAAACAGAACAGCCUGAUCAAAAAGAAAUCCCAGAAAUAAUCUAUCAAUCCACAACCGUCCGUGAACCAAACGGAAGAUACUUGGUAGCACUCCCCUUUAAAGAUGAUAACAAAAUUCCACCACUGGGGAACUCUCGGAACAAUGCAUUGAUUAUCUACAAACAACUUGAAAAACGCUUGAAUCGAGAUCCAAAGCUGAAAAAAGCAUACAAUGAGGUACUACAAGAAUAUUUAGAUUUAGGACACAUGAAAGAGGUAUCACCAUAUGUGGGGGAUGAUAGAAACGUUUUUUACCUCCCACACCAUGCGGUGGUAAAGGCCGAAAGUAAAACGACAAAAGUCAGAGUGGUUUUCAAUGCCUCUGCAAAAACUACUUCUGGGUCCAGCCUCAAUGAUCAUUUAUAUACUGAAUAUACACUACAAGACACUUUGGCUCAGAUAAUUUUAAAGUGGAGAAUGUUCUUAUAUGCCUAUAUUGCCGAUAUAGAAAAACAAUUUCGUAUGGUUGGCCUACUUCCCGAAUAUUAUAACUUCCAACGGCUCUUUUGGAAGCCAGAUGAAUUCGGCCCAAUCCGUGAGUACAUAAUAAUGGUCCUCAUAUUCGGAAAUACUUCCUCAUCGUUCCUAACGAUUAGAUCGAUGCUUCAACUUGCGAUUGACGAAGCCCAUAGGUUCCCAUUAGCAGCAAAACGUUUAAAAGAAAACUGUUAUGUAGAUAAUGUCAUGACAGGCGCAGGAACAAAAGAAGAGGCAAUGAAAUUGCAAGAGGAAAUGGUAGCCUUGUUAAAAGCUGGUGAUUUCAACCUUCGUCAGUGGGCAACGAACGAUAAGGAGUUAUUAGAAAACAUACCGGCUGAAUUACGGGAAGACGGUAUUUGCGAAAUAUCGAAUGAUCAGACCGUUAACACAUUGGGCAUACAGUGGUAUCCAGCAGACGAUAUUUUGAAAUUUAAACCACUUAAAUUCAGCGAAUCCGAAAAAAUAACAAAGAGACAGCUUCUGUCCAAUAUCGCCUCAAUAUAUGAUCUAUCACAAUGGCUAGCCCCAUUUACAAUAAGAGCGAAAAAUUUAAUGCAGCGAGUCUGGCAAACCGGAAUCGGCUGGGACGAGGUUCCUUCUGAUGAUAUCCUGACGGAAUGGAGGCAGAUAAAGGAUGAGCUUUCAGUUUUACCAUCGAUUUGUAUCCCACGUUAG